UCGGCCACUCCACCGCUGCUGCUGGCCCCGGCGGACAUGGCUGACAAGCAGGCGGACAAGUCCCCCGACCUCCGGUCCAGGAUCGUGGCCUGGCUGGAGGAGAACCGCGAGCUGGUCGUGCUGCUGUUCUGCCUGCCGGCCAGCUUCGUCUUCUCGCUGCUGCUGAGCGCGCGCGCCUGGCUGCGCGCACGCAACUCGUCCCCGCAGCACCAUGACGCGAGGGUGCGCGACAUCCAGCGCGCAGUGCGCGUCUGGGGGAAUGACCCCGCCGCCAAGAAGAAACUGCUGUGCACGGCGCGGCCCAACUGGCUGAGCCUCUCCACCACCUUCUUCCGGAAGGACCAGUGCCACCGCAUCCCCGUGCCGCUGUACGACAUCCUCAGCCUGGACGAGGCCAACAUGACCGUGAGGGUGGAGCCGAUGGUGACGGUGGGCCAGAUCACCAGCUUCCUGGUGCCGCGCGGCUACACGCUGGCCGUGACGCUGGAGAUCGCCGACGCCACGCUGGGCGGGCUGGCCAUGGGCACGGGCAUGACGACGCACUCGCACAAGGUGGGCCUGUACCACGAGACCAUCGAGGCGUACGAGGUGGUGGUGGCGGACGGCAGCGUGGUGCGCGCCACCCGCGACAACCAGCACGCCGACCUGUUCAAGGCGCUGCCCUGGUCCCACGGCUCCCUCGCCUUCCUCACCGCCCUCGAGCUCAAGCUCGUCAAGGUCAAGCCCUACGUCAAGCUGAGGUACCUCCCCGUGCGCGGCCAGCGCGCGUACUGCGACGCCGUGCGCAAGUACUCCGGCGCGCUGGGCCCCAAGGAGGCCGUGGCCGUGCCCGACUUCGUGGAGGCCACCAUCUUCAGCAAGGACGAGGCCGUCGUCAUGCUGGGCGACUUCAGCGACGGCGAACCAGGGGUGCCGGUCAACCACAUCACCGCAUGGUACAAGCCCUGGUGGUACAAGUACGUGGAGAGCAUCAUGCGGUCGGGCCGGCCCCACGAGGAGCUGGUGCCCAUGCGCGAGUACCUGCUGCGCCACAACCGCGCCAUCUUCUGGGUCGUGGAGGACAUGCUGCCCAACGGCAACCACCCCCUGUUCCGCCUGCUGUUCGGCUGGCUGCUGCCGCCCAAGCCCGCCUUCCUCAAGUUCACCACCACGCCCGGCAUCCGCGCGCUCACCUUCGCCAAGCAGGUGUUCCAAGACAUCGUGCUGCCCAUCAACGACCUGGAGCGGCAGGUGGACACGAGCGAGGAGCUGUUCGACUCGUACCCGCUGCUCGUGUACCCGUGCCGCGUCUACGACCGCGGCCCCAAGUCCGGGCAGCUGCGCCGGCCGCCGGCGAAGCACCUCGUGCCCGGCACCGACUACGCCAUGUACAACGACCUGGGCAUCUACGGCGUCCCCGGCAAGGUGAAGCGGCGCGAGCCCUACGACCCGGUGGACGCCAUGCGCGCCAUGGAGAAGUUCACGCGCGGCGUGGGCGGCUUCGCCUUCCUGUACGCCGACAUCUUCAUGACGCGCGACGAGUUCGAGGCCAUGUUCGACCUGGCGCUGUACGAGGAGGUCCGCGCCAAGUACGGCGCCGAGGGCGCCUUCCCGCACCUCUUCGACAAGGUGCGCCCCGAGGUGGACGUGAUCGCCAUCGGCAAGGAGUACGCCACCAAGUAGCAAUAAAGACGCCCGCCUUCCUUAA